AUGACUGUCCACGAUAGACAGAUAUUCACUGUUGCUGCUGCAAAUGGACAAUUGGAAGUUAUAAAGUGGGCUCGUGCAAAUCGUUAUUGUCGAUGGGAUUAUUGUGUAUGCGAAGCAGCUGCAGUGAAUGGCCAUUUGGAAAUUUUGAAGUGGGCUCAUGAAAAUGGUUUAGCAUUGGAUGAAGAUAAGAUUUGCAACUUGGCUGCUCGAAGUGGACAUUUGGAAAUUCUAAAGUGGGCUCGUGAAAAUGGUUGUCCAUGGGAUAAUUGGACAUGCAAUGGUGCGUCUGAAAAUGGACAUUUGGAAGUUUUAAAGUGGGCUCGUGAAAAUGGUUGUCCAUGGAAUACAAAGACAUGUUCGUGGGCUGCCUACUAUGGUCAUUUGGAAGUUCUAAAGUGGGCUCGUGAAAAUGGUUGUCCAUGGGAUGAAGAGACAUGCUGGGGUGCUGCUCAAAAUGGGCAUUUGGAAGUUUUAAAGUGGGCUCGCGCAAAUGGUUGCCCUUGGAAUGAACGGACAUGUGUUGAAGCUGCCCAAUGUGGACAUUUGGAAUCUUUGAAUUGGGCUCGUGAAAAUGGAUGUCCAUGGGAUGAAGAGACAUAUCGAGUUGCCUGUGGGCAUGGCCAUAAGGAACUGAUCCAAUGGCUACGUGACAAUGGAUGCCCUGGGUCUCACGAUGAAGGACUGUAA